ACAUCUUCGCGCGACGUUCGGUUUGCUGUGUGCGUCGCCGGCUCUUUGAGGGUCCAUGUGAUUUUUACGCCAGUGCUGCUGAACUGUGCAGGAUAGGGAGCUGGCAAGUCCGAUUAAUUGUCUUUGGGUCGAGGUGUCUCGUCGGACCCUUUGGGGCUCAGUGGAGGUAGGUGAAGGCGGCUCCCAUUGAGGGAAGCCCACACUCACACCCGGCCUUCCUUUGUUAUCUGGCAUGCUCUUCUGGGGCUUCCCAGGCUGUAUAGGAGAGUGGCUAAAUUCUUUAACCGGCGCAAGUUCCCCUCAAUUAAGCUUCGACCUAGAUUCUUCUCUGCGAUUACACCCUCUCCUGUCCGCCAUUGUUAGUUCCCGGAGUAAUCAGCAACUCUCCAAGGCAGUAGACACAUUUCCAUCUUUGCCUUUGCUUACGAGGCUCCCUCAGAAUUAAGGCAAAGUCACUGUAAUUAUUUCUAAUACCAAUUCCAAAAUAGUGACUCUUGGACAGUAGCGCAAUUAUAUGGAAUUAUGGCUGGUUAUAAGCCUGUAGCUAUUCAGACAUAUCCUAUACUUGGUGAAAAAAUCACCCAAGAUACACUGUACUGGAACAACUAUAAGACCCCUGUUCAGAUUAAGGAAUUUGGUGCAGUUUCAAAAGUAGACUUUUCUUCUCAGCCUCCAUAUAAUUAUGCUGUCACAGCUUCCUCAAGAAUUCACAUUUAUGGCCGAUACUCCCAAGAACCUAUAAAAACCUUUUCUCGAUUUAAAGACACAGCAUACUGUGCUACUUUUCGACAAGAUGGUAGAUUGCUUGUGGCUGGCAGUGAAGACGGUGGAGUUCAACUUUUUGAUAUAAGUGGGAGGGCUCCCCUCAGGCAGUUUGAAGGCCAUACAAAAGCAGUUCAUACAGUAGAUUUUACAGCUGACAAAUAUCACGUGGUCUCUGGGGCUGAUGAUUAUACAGUUAAAUUAUGGGAUAUUCCAAACUCCAAAGAAAUUUUGACAUUUAAAGAGCAUUCUGAUUAUGUGAGGUGUGGAUGUGCUAGCAAACUUAAUCCGGAUCUCUUUAUAACAGGAUCAUAUGAUCAUACUGUGAAGAUGUUUGAUGCACGAACGAGUGAGAGUGUUCUCUCUGUUGAGCAUGGGCAGCCAGUGGAGAGUGUCCUACUUUUCCCCUCUGGAGGUCUUCUGGUGUCAGCAGGAGGUCGUUAUGUUAAAGUCUGGGACAUGUUAAAAGGAGGACAAUUGCUAGUAUCUUUGAAAAAUCAUCACAAAACCGUGACAUGUUUAUGUCUAAGCAGCUCUGGACAGAGGUUACUCUCUGGCUCACUGGAUAGGAAGGUGAAAGUAUACAGCACAACUUCCUACAAAGUAGUUCACAGUUUUGAUUAUGCAGCUUCAAUUUUGAGUCUUGCCCUUGCACAUGAAGAUGAGACAAUAGUUGUAGGAAUGACCAAUGGAAUACUGAGUGUUAAACAUCGGAAAUCUGAAGCAAAGAAGGAAUCGCUUCCCAGAAGAAGAAGGCCUGCAUAUCGAACCUUUAUUAAAGGAAAAAAUUACAUGAAGCAACGGGAUGACAUUUUGAUUAACAGGCCAGCAAAGAAACACCUAGAAUUGUACGACAGGGAUCUGAAACAUUUUCGGAUCUCUAAGGCACUCGACAGAGUUCUUGAUCCCACUUGUGCAAUAAAGACACCCGAGAUUACGGUGUCCAUCAUAAAGGAGUUAAAUCGAAGAGGAGUCCUUGCAAAUGCGCUUGCAGGUCGGGAUGAGAAGGAAAUCAGUCACGUUCUUAAUUUUUUGAUAAGGAAUCUUUCUCAGCCAAGAUUUGCACCUGUUUUAAUCAAUGCUGCUGAAAUAAUUAUUGAUAUAUAUCUGCCUGUAAUUGGUCAGUCCCCUGUAGUUGAUAAAAAGUUUUUACUACUUCAAGGACUUGUAGAAAAAGAGAUUGAUUACCAGAGAGAAUUGUUAGAAACCUUGGGGAUGAUGGAUAUGCUUUUUGCCACCAUGAGAAGGAAGGAAGGCACUUCUGUGUUGGAACAUACACCUGAUGGAUUUCCAGAGAAUAAGAAGAUAGAAUCCUAGUGUCUGCUAAAUAAGACAUGUAAGAACUCUGAAGUUGGAAUAGAUUUGACUGUAUUAAAUGUUGGCAAGAGACUUUCUCUGAUACAUUAAAAAAACUAUUUGCAGAAGCAGUUCUAUGGAAGAGAACUGGAAUAAUUAUGGCUGGAAAACAAGUACCUGUUUUAAGUAAGACAUGGUUUUCCAUGUAAUAUUUUGAAUUAUAGCGUCUUCACCUAGAAGAUCUCAAUUGUCUUAGUCACAGAGUAGGUUUAUCUGGGAUGGAUGUUAAUUUUAGUACAGGAGUGUUCUGUAUCAACAUUUGGGUUGGUAUUCAGACGGGAAUUCAAAUAUGAAUCCUCUCUGGAGAGGGUCCAACUGGGAAUCCUGCUAAAGGAACAAAGCCUUGUAUUACCUCUGGAAAACAACAAGAACAAUUGGCAGCAACAAAAAGCCUCUUUCUUGACUUUAAUCAGUGCCUUUGGGAUUUCUAGGCCCUUGCUUAGUUUGCUUCCUGUCUUCUUGAUAUCUACACUUGUCUUAGAUCACAUGCCCUGCUUCAGCUGAUAAUGGGACUGCAUCGAUUCCGAGUGUGGCAAGUAAGUGGUCGGCUCUGAAGAACUGACGCUAGCUAGAUUUGUAUUCAGAGUGUGAGAGCAAGCUCUACAGAUAGACCUUAUUGGACUGCUUUUUUUUUUCUUCAUGCAGCCUUUCUACCAAGUUUUCACCUUGUUUCAGGUCAGAGGGAAUGAUAGAAUUUGUCAUUUUUCUUACAAUAGCCUUUCAGACUAUUCUUCAUAUGUUUCAAGCUAAUCUUGUAGCUAGCUACCUAAUCCUCUGAAAACUGUUUUCUCUGAUUUGUAUUUAGAUUCCUCCCCCCAUUAUUCACAAUCAUAGUGUGUUUCGGAACCCCAAUCCAGAGCAGUUUGCUUUGGAAAAUAGUUGUUUUUGAAAGUUUAAUGUAAAUAAUUAUUUUUCAGAAGUUGUUUUUUUUUUUUUUUAAAAGACGGGGUCUCACCUUAUCGUCCAGGCUGGAGUGCAGUGAUGCAAUCUCGGCCCACUGCAACCUCUGCCCUUCCGGGUUCAAGCAAUUCUCCUGCCUCAGCCUCCUGAGUAGCUGGGAUUACAGGUGUGCACCACCACGCCUGGCUGAUUUUUGUACUUUUAGUAGAGACGGGGUUUCACCUUACUGGCCAGGCUGGUCUCAAACUCCUGACCUCAAGUGAUCUGCCUGCCUCGGCCUCUCAAAAUGCUUGGAUUACAGGCGUGAGCCACUGCGUCCAGCCUAUAACUAUUUUUUUUUAUAAAGAGAGAUUCUUAUUUUCUUGGCUUUUUGAUGUAUCCGUUCCUGAUAGAUAAUCGUUGGUUAGUAACUCCUAGUACACUGAUUUCACAGUUGCUACCUCUCUUACCUUUCUCUAAUUAUUACGCCAACUCAAGUAGUUAAAAAUCAGUAAGAAAAAUGUCUUGAGCUAGAAGAACCCAUAGAGGAAGAUUUUGUAAUGCGAAUCCCCUCUCAUAAUUUUAGUUCUGUAAAUUCAGGGUUUUUUUUUUUAAGCAGAAAAAAUGCUUAAUAUGUUCCAGUAAGGGUAUUAAGUAAAAAUUAAAUGUAUUAAGUUUAACAUAUUAAUUUAACAUUUAGACUAACAUUAACAUUUAAAUUAAUAUGUUAAGUGAAUAUACUUAAUAUAUUCUAGUACGAGUAUGCUUGGAAAUAGGGCGUUUCCUUUUCAUGAAUUGAUUUCAUACAGCACAGUGGCUUAUAAGGAACCAGCAGUGUUUUUCCCUGAGUAAUUAUGAACUUAGUCAAGAUCAGAAGCUGGGUUUUGGGGUUGAGAAGGGUUCAUUUAUUUAAAUAAAGUUUCUAUUUAAAAACCUUUUUAAAAA